AUGACCGUGAGGUUUGGACCCGAAUUACGCGCAUUCGUUACGAGGGUUGGUUUGUGCACAAACGCUCUCACGCCGAGACGUGAAGCACUGCAUGUUGUCAGCAUUGCCUGCAGAUGUCUGAGCAGUUUUGCUUGUCAGCGCAACCGGGCUGCAUUGGGAUUGACGCUGCCGAGCAGCAAACUGCCACGGAGCGCGCGCACAGCUGACACCUUGAAUAUGGAGCAUGAUACGCCAUCGAACAGGCGCUUCACUAAAGCGAUUGAGCAGCUCACGAAGCAAGGGAAUUAUGCAGAGGCAUGGAAGGUAUUCGAUAGCAUCGAACAGAAAAACACAAUCGUGUACAGCGCGAUGCUAGCAGGAGCAGUCCGUUGUGGCCGUUACUCGCAGGGAGUUGAGCUGUUCGAGAGUUUAAGGACGACCAGUUUGGCUUUGACUGAGCCUGUGUACGUUUCGGCGAUGGCCUUGUAUGGAGGAUGCUCCCGCUGCGUGGAAGGCCUUGAGCUGUUUAAUGAAAUGCGAAAACUGGGCAUUGCAAACAAUGUUCCCCCAUAUACGACUGCCAUUCAAUUGUGUGGAAAAUUAUCUCGUCACCAGCAGGCCAAUGAUAUCUGGGAAGAUAUGAUAGCUAGAGGACUCCGGCCCACUGGAGCAGCUUUCACAGCAAUAAUGAGUGCCGCGGCGAGUGUUGGAGACCUGGCCGAGGUUCAGAGGCACCUCGACGCAAUGGCCAGCUAUGAGCUACAGCCCUCUCGGAGUCACCUGGGGUGCAUGCUCAAGGCAUGCCGCUGCGCGGGCGAUGCCGAUCGCGCCGAGAAGCUCCUGCACGACAUGGCGGACGGGCCCGUGAAGCCCGACGUGGUCCACUACACGAUCGUGAUGGGCAUCUACCGCGCCUCCGGCCUGGCAGGCGCUGACCCCGAGGCGGGGCACAGCCGUGUCUCGCGGCUGGCCGCGCGGAUGUCCCAGCAGGGCGUGGCGCCGGACAAGUUCUUCCUGGAGGAGCACCUGGCGGCCGUCCUCGGGGGCAGCCUGCAGCAGGUCCUCGACGGGUCGCUGGCGCCCACGCCGCCGGCCGCGGCGGCGGCGAGGCGCCUGCUGGAGGCCGCCCGGCGCAGCGGCACCCAGCAGACGCGCGUUACCCAGGCCGUGGAGCGGUGGCUGGCGGGUGGCACGCCGACGGCCGCGGCGGGGUCGGCGCAACGGCCAGGCGACGCGGGAGGCCUGUGGCUCGAGGCGGCAGACCCCGCCAGCGGGCGGUCGUAUUACUACCAUUCGCGGACGCGCGCCGUGAGCUGGGAGAGGCCAGCGGGCGGUGCUGCACCCUGA